AUCACCAUGAGGAUACGUACCUUCAUAUAUCAUAAUCAAGCAUAAGGGGAAACAUGAGGAGUUUCAGUGCAGAUUUGGUUUUGUCAGUCACUUUACUAUUAGUGUUGUUAGCCACUCGAGCUUGUGCACAGCCACAGCAAGGCCAAGUACCUUGUUUUUUCAUUUUUGGGGACUCAUUGGUAGAUAAUGGAAACAACAACAGGUUGGUUACACUUUCUAGGGCCAAUUACAGGCCUUAUGGCAUUGAUUUUCCGCAGGGUGUCACUGGUCGAUUUACCAAUGGUCGAACAUAUGUCGAUGCCUUGGCUCAACUUUUUGGGUUUCGAAAUUACAUCCCACCCUAUGCGAGAACCAGGGGCCCAGCGCUAUUAAGGGGAGUGAAUUAUGCGUCUGGAGCGGCUGGCAUCAGAGAUGAAACUGGAAACAAUCUGGGGGGUCACACCUCAAUGAACCAGCAAGUAGCCAACUUUGGCAUGACAGUGGAACAAAUGAGGAGAUAUUUCAGAGGAGAUAACAAUGCACUCACUAGCUAUUUAAGCAAAUGCAUCUUCUAUUCUGGGAUGGGAAGUAAUGAUUAUCUCAACAACUAUUUCAUGUCCGACUUCUACUCAACUAGCCGUGAUUUCACUUCAAAUGCUUUUGCGGCUGUACUUCUUCAGGAUUACACUCGUCAGUUGACCCAACUAUAUGCCUUGGGAGCUCGGAAGGUGAUUGUAACUGCAAUUGGCCAAAUUGGCUGCAUUCCAUAUCAGCUCGCCAGGUAUAAUGGUACCAACAGCCGCUGCAAUGAGAAAAUCAACAAUGUUAUUUCUUUAUUCAACUCAGGGCUCCUCAAGCUAGUUCAAAAUUUCAACAAUGGCCAAUUGCCUGGAGCCAAGUUUGUUUACCUCGAUUCGUAUAAAAGCUCUAAUGAUCUGUCUCUCAAUGGAACCUCCUUUGGAUUUGAAGUAAUAGACAAGGGAUGUUGUGGAGUGGGGAGGAACAAUGGGCAGAUAACAUGUCUUCCUCUUCAACAGAUAUGCCAGGAUCGCAGUAAAUACUUAUACUGGGAUGCCUUUCACCCGACAGAAGUGGCAAACAUCUUACUCGCUAAAGAAACAUAUAAUUCACAGACUUACACUUAUCCAAUGAGUAUACAACAAUUGACAAUGCUAUGAGAGAGGGAUCAAAUUCAACUCUUUAUGCCCGUCUUCCUGUGAUAGCACUACUACAUAUGUUUGGUUGGUUUUUAGUAUUUUGUUCGAAGCUAUUGAGUUAAUGCUUAAUGUUAAUGUGUGGAAGAUGGUGUAAUUGUUUCCUUGUUUCUUAACACCAAUUCAGUGCUUCCAGCUUCCAUUCCUUCUGUAAUAAAUGUGGUGAGAUUGAGAUAAUAAAAGCAAUUGAAAUUUCCUAA